AUGAAAAUAUUCUGGCUCAGACCAUCUGCUGGAGAUUCAUAAUAAUCAACUAUUGUUUAUCAGAAAUAAUAAUAGGAAGCUAUUAAGUAAAUCAUUACUCCGAAAAGAGAGUCAACCAAAUUUCCUUUUCACUUGAGUUUAGAAAAGGCGAAAUGGAUUAUUGAUAAGUAAAGAUUCAAUUUAUUUUAAAGUGUUGACAAUAAAAUCCUGGGUAAUUAAGUUAGGGCUCUUUUGAGUGCCCCUGUAAAAAACUGGAUGUAACUGAAUACAAAUCUACAAAAUUUAGAACAAUGUGAUGAUUUUUUUAACAUUCACGUUAAUUCACUAUUUAUAUAAUUAGUUGAAUAAAUAUUCAAGAAAAAAAAUGAAAAUAAUUAUUAGAUGAAAACAUUCGUAUUGACUCUAGAUUACUACAUGAACAUUUAAACCUUUUUAUUGUUUUUAUAUUGGAAACUACUUAGAAACAGUGAGGAAUUAAUAAUCAUAGAAAGGAUAUUAGAUUGGAUAAUUAAAAUUAGGUACAUUUGCCUAAAUAUAGAUUAUCUAAUGGAACAUUUCAUCCACUUCUUAUUUGAUAAUAGAAUUCAACUGAGAUAAGUGAAGCUUUAUGAGAUCAUUCCCAAACCGUUGAUAGGCUAUGAAGAAAUGGAUCUCUUUUCAUUGGAUCCUGCAGUGCUGAGCAAUGUUAUUACUGAGAUAAACGAGGAAUUCUACUCCUAGUUAUAAUUCAAUAACUUACUCACCAAUCUAGACAAUGGGAAAUAGAGUUAUUUCUUAUCGGAGUAUUUUGAUCGAAUCAACUCCUUUUCCUUAUACGUUUAGGCAACGAUAUUAAAGAAGAAGGAUAGAAAGAAGGCUAUCGAUUUUUUCUAUGAGGUUUGUUUAGAACUUUGUAAAAAUGAGGAUGGGGAAGGAGUAUUUUUAUUAUUUACUUUAAGUAUUGAACGAUUGGAUUAAGAUUUAUUGCAUUCUAUUCAAUAUAUUAGUCCUAUCUAAUAAUAGAUACUGAUCGACAUGACCAAAACUUUUGUGUGCAAUAAACACAUUUACACACCUUCAACCACUAAAAAGCUCUAUCCAAUCCCAUCUUUUUAUCAUUUUUGGACUAAACUCAAAAAGUUAGAAUAGGCAGCUUAACAAAGUAAAGACUUGAAGUAUAUUGAUCAAAUUCGAAAUAUCCUUCUAGAUUUAAUGUUUAUUCGUUAAUCCAAUAGUGCAAGAUUGCUCACAAGAUAAAAACAAAGUGAUCCUCUUUUAAAAUAUUUCUUAUUAAAAGGACAUCAAACAGAACUAUCUUAGAUAUUAGAAAUUCCAAUAGGUAAUUGGAAUUAAAUGUAAUUAAAAUUAAUGAAAAUGGCAUCAAAUUGA